CCUGAAUCAAACGGGACAAGAAGGAAUUGGGGUCCCGUGAGAGGGUUGUCUUUGUAGUCAGGAAACAGGUCCCGCCAACGUUCAACUUGAUCCACUGAUCCUUCUUGCCCUGGAUCGGAUACUGCGACGAAGAGGGACCACUGUUGUUGUAAUAUCCACCGGAUGACGAAGAACCAGAACCACCUCCUCCGCCAUCACGAUAUCCGUUUAGAUUAACUGUGGCCAUUCUGUUUUCCCGAGUUCGCGCACGUUUUACUCCGGUAAAAUUUUAUUGAAAUAUUCUGAACGUACCUAAAUGCACUUCAGAUUAUGGCUCUCAAGCGAGAUAUAAUUUUCUGCCCACCGUUUACUUCCUUUCAAUUACAAACCGUUUCCUGGAAUGGCGAGGAGUUCAAGGAGCACUGAACACUUGCGUGAUGGUUUCUAAUGAGCUUCGACUGCUCAGAAAGCAUUAAAAAUUAAUUUGAUAAUCGAAAUGCACUAAUUUUACGAUUUGGAAUUGUUGAUUUGCAUCCAAAACAAAAGUGUGUCAUCGAUGUCAGAAAAAAGUUAGCAGUAGGAUUCGGCCAGUUUGGUCGAAUCCGGCCGAAACUAAAAAAUGUGGUACUAAGCCCAGUCUAGUACCACAAAUUUGUGUUCGGUAAUGAGGUACCAGAAUUUUCAAACAAUCAAAAACAGCAAGCCGCAAAAUCUAAACAUUCAUUUUUACUGGUUGAUUAAUGUGAAGUCAUCAGUUCACCCUGUUUCCAAGAUGAGUGCCAAUCAGACAAUAGUGGCGGACGUGAGCAGUUUAACGUACGACGAUCUAACGGACCAGUACAGACGGUUGGCGGAUAGCUACCGGAGUCUGAAACGGGUUCACGAGGAAGAACUGCAGGCCAAUCAUGAACUGCGCAGAAACUUACAAGCCUCAACCGAGGCGGCCAACUACCUGACGACUGAUCUGGAGCAAAUCGAUACAGUUCAUCGGGAGGAAUUGGCAAAAGUCAAGGAAAAAUGUGGCUUAUCAUUGAGCGCUCUUAAAGACGCGAAUGCGGAUCUCAAGCAGCAAAAUUGUUCUCUUGAGUCGACGGUUGAAGAAUUGCAGUCCCAAAUUCAUCAACUGAAGGAAAAAAUCGAGGAGCUUGAGUUUGCUGGACCAGCGAAUGUGGCUUCCGAAAGUGCCAAUUCCACCCUAACGUCCGAAAAAGAGAUCUUGUUGGAAAAGGAGGUUGAGGAUUUGAAGAAAAUGCUAGCUGAGCAUGCAGAUGCCAGUGCAAAAAUGUCCAUUCAACUCAGAAAGACCGAAGACGAACUGGAGAACCGUCGAGAGCAGCUGGAAUGUUCGCAAGACAAUCUGACCACGAAGAAACAAGAGUUGGAAGAGCUACGAACUUUGCUAGAAUCAACUCAAGAGGAAAACAUGAGGUUGAGUUCGGAAUUGGCAGCUUUACGUAGUGCUCCUGGAGAAGCGAAUAAGAAGGGAAAUUCCUUAUUUGCCGAAGUUGACGAUCAGCGUCAGAAAAUGAUUGAAAUGCUGCAAACCCAGAGGAAACGAUAUCAGGAGAUGAAAAAGCUACACUCUGAGAGCGAAUUUCAGAUUCGAAGAUUGACACGGGAGAACCGAGAGCUGUGUGAUGAGAUAGAAAAGUGCAGUCACUUGUUUUUGAAAGCAGAUAACAAAUUUCGGGACGAAUCGUCAAGCCAGAUCAAUUCCCUGAGGGAAGAAGUUCGGCAGCUUCAAGAACAGUUAACCUCAACCGAGCGCAAACUGAUUGACAAAUCCACCGAACAUACCAAUUGGGUUGAUCCAUUUGUGUCCUACUACAGAAAUGAAACCAGUAAUUUGAAAAACAAACUGCAACAACUGCAAAUGGAUAAAAGGCUGGCUGAUGAAAUAUGUCACGAUGCUCAGCGUGAGUUAUCUAAAUGGCGAUUUGAAGCACUCAAAUCACGUUAUGUGAUCAUAAAUCGUGAAUCUCUUCUCGAAGAACAUGGUCUAAAAUUUCAGCCUUUCGAUGCCAUCGAGCCAGGCAUUCACAUCAACGAAUUAGUAGUUUCGAACGCCAAACCGCAUGUUGGGUUCAAAUCCGCGAAAUUUGAAUCCCUUGAGAACACUUUUGAUCUCAAAGACCUGUAUUCACUUUCCGAUCUCAAACUUGACCUGAUGAUACCACCAGUCAAAAAUGACCAAAAGGAAAAUAAUCUUCCACCUCCAGCUCAGCCUGAAGUUUCCAAUCCAACACCAAAACAACCAGAGAUCAAAGAAGAAUUCAUAACACCAGCCUCAACUCCUCUCGUGACACCGAAUCAAUCUCCGAAAGCCAAUAAUAUAAAAAUAGCCGGUACUAGUAGUAGCAAAACCAAUUCAACCCUGGCUUAUCGAGAUAUUAUCUACAUACCGAAAGACGCACCGCUAUCGGGUAGUCUCAAGAAAAAACAGUUCGCUGAUAUUGUUGAUCGAAUAACAAAAUCUGAACAGAAACAUGAAAUUGUCGAAGAUAAGGAAAAUUCGUUGCAGCCCACCAACGUUGUAGGCAAUGAAGUCCAAAAAACUGAACCGACAAAGUCGUGGGGCUGGAUUUCCGAAACCCGCACCAAGAACAAUAUCGUUGUGAGGAGGUUUAAAUUUCCGACGCGCACAACUGCUCCCAGCGACACGCAGCAGGAAUAGUGUGUCGGCGGGGUACAUUCUGGAUGGAAUAUAUUUUAAAGAUUUAUUUUAGAAACUACGUACAUUUUCUCGUUGCAAUGACAUUAAAAGCCCACUCUGAAAUAUUUGAUAGAAAAAUCCUUAGAAAUGUGAGGCCAAAUGAUAUAUGUAUAACUGAUUGCUCCUAACAAUAAUGAUAAGUUUUAAUGAAUCAAUGAUUAAUCUUGUAAUAAAAAAAACGGUGCGUAUUGGAAGUUUCUAUU